CAAGCAUGGCUGCCCCCGUCGAGGAAUCCGAGCCCAAGCCCCUCCCGGUCCGAGGUUCCAAGCCCCUCCGGAUCGGCAUCGUCGGAUUCGGAAACCUCGGGAAACACCUGGCCCGGAAGGCGUCGGAGUCGGAGAGUCUGGAGCUGGCGUUCGUGUGGAAUCGCGACGGGAGCAAGAUGGACUCGACGGAUUGGCUUCCCGCGACGGCGAUCCUGUCGGAACUGGAGGACUUCGCCUCUCGGCGCCCCGAACUCGUGGUGGAAGUGGCCCAUCCGUCCGUCACGGCCGAACACGCGAAGGACUUCCUCGCCGUGUGUCCGUUCGCGAUCGGUUCCCCGACGGCUCUGGCCGACGAGGCCCUGCUGGAAGAGGUGGAGAGACUGUCGUUCCGCCGGGGGGUCUACGUUCCCACCGGGGCCCUCUGGGGAGCGCAAGACAUACGAGGCAUGGAUUCCCUCGGCACUCUCCGGGGACUCCGAGUGACGAUGGCGAAGACACCCGAGAGCUUCCGACUCUCGGAACCGCUUCGGAGUCGGCUGGAAUCGGCGUCGCCCCUGACCUCUGCGACGACCCUCUACGAAGGAAGCGUGUCGGAUCUCUGUCCCCUGGCUCCCAACAACGUGAACGCGAUGGCCGUCGCCGCCCUCGCCGCCAGAGACACGCUCGGAUUCCGCAAGGUCGUCGGGAGACUCGUCGCCGAUCCCGGCCUGUCGGGAUGGCAUCGGGUGGAAGUGGAGGUGCGAGGCGAAGCGGGCUUCGAGGUUCGCACCGUCAGGAUGAAUCCGGCAGCGGAGGGUGCCGUCACGGGCAAGGGGACCUACGAUUCCUUCUGGAAGUCUCUGCUCUCGGCUUCCGCUCUCGUUUCGGCGUACGGCCCGCAUCCGGGAAUCCACAUCGUCUGAUGCGACCCGUCGAUUCCUCAUCGUCUCUUCUCGUCGUUCGUUUUCUUUCGAUCGUUUCUUCCUCGAAUUAUUGUUAUUUUUUCCUUAGGCCGAUAUGUUUUUGUCGAUCCGCCGUCAUAAAUGUCUCAUCG